AGUUAUGUUCAGAAAUGGAGAGAGGAUGGGAACAAUCAAAUUUACACAGUUCCAAGACAAAAAGGAAGUGAAGGUGGGAGAAUAUAAUGCUAUACUUGAUUCACUGGAAAUGAUUAACAACACCAUCAAAUUCCACGGGAAAGAACCACCUAAGGACAGAACAAUCAUCCAAAAGCAACUUCGCAAGAUCUCCCUGCCUCUUUACAGUAUUCUUUCAGCACUCACGAUCCUGGGAAUGAUAAUGGCCAGUGCUUUUUUGUUCUUUAACAUCAAAAACCGAAAUCAGAAGUUGAUAAAGAUGUCCAGUCCCUACAUGAACAACCUCAUAAUUCUUGGAGGGAUGCUCUCCUAUGCAUCAAUAUUCCUUUUUGGCCUUGAUGGAUCUUUUGUCUCCGAAAAGACAUUUGAGACGCUUUGUACCGUCCGGACAUGGAUACUGACAGUGGGCUACACAACUGCAUUUGGUGCAAUGUUUGCAAAAACAUGGAGAGUCCAUGCAAUAUUCAAAAAUGUGAAAAUGAAGAAAAAGAUCAUUAAGGACCAAAAGCUUCUGGUAAUAGUUGGGGGAAUGCUGCUGAUAGAUCUUUGCAUCUUGAUUUGCUGGCAAGUAGUUGAUCCCUUGAGGAGGACGGUGGAAAAUUACAACAUGGAGCCCGACCCUGCAGGCCGAGAUAUUUCUAUUCUUCCCAUUUUGGAGCACUGUGAAAACACUCACAUGACCAUUUGGCUUGGCAUUGUUUAUGCCUACAAAGGCCUACUCAUGCUAUUUGGUUGCUUUUUGGCUUGGGAGACUCGAAAUGUGAGCAUUCCUGCUCUGAACGACAGUAAAUACAUUGGCAUGAGUGUUUACAAUGUGGGCAUCAUGUGCAUUAUUGGAGCUGCUGUUUCCUUUCUCACACGGGACCAGCCCAAUGUUCAAUUCUGCAUUGUGGCACUAGUCAUUAUAUUUUGUAGUACUAUUACGCUCUGCUUAGUCUUUGUUCCGAAGCUAAUCACACUGAGAACAAAUCCAGAUGCUGCCACCCGGAACAGAGGACUCCAGUUCACUCAGAACCAGAAGAAAGAUGACUCAAAAACAUCCACGUCAGUCACCAGUGUCAACCAGGCCAGCACAUCGAGGUUGGAAGGUCUACAGUCAGAAAACCACCAGCUGAGAAUGAAAAUAACAGAGUUGGACAAAGCUUUAGAAGAAGUCACUAUGCAGCUUCAAGACACCCCUGACAAGACAACAUAUAUUAAGCAGAACCACUAUCAGGAGCUCAAUGACAUCCUCAGUAUACGGAACUUUACAGAAAAUAAAGAUGGUGAAAAGGCUGUAUUGAAAAACCACCUUGAUCAAAAUCCGCAAGCCCAGUGGAAUACGACAGAGCCCUCCAGAACGAGCAAAGACUUUACAGAAGAUAUCAAUUCCCCAGAACACAUACAGCGCCGACUCUCCUUACAACUGCCCAUUCUCCAUCAUGCCUAUUUGCCAUCAAUAGGAGGGGUCGAUGCCAGCUGUGCCAGUCCGUGCGUCAGCCCCAGCGCCAGUCCAAGGCACCGGCAUGUGCCGCCAUCUUUCCGUGUGAUGGUCUCUGGCCUGUAGGAGGACCAGAGCUCCGUGAACUUGCUUUUGGUACUCAAUGGCUGGACCGAACGUCUUGUGUGAAACUCUUGCCUUCUACAUACUCUCUUACUCUUAGCACAGAGGAACUAGUUUUACGAGGCCAUCGUCAAGGGAAGACCAGCUCCACUGCUGUGGGAAAGCAUGUGAAGUGGAGAGGGUCGCCCGGAGGUUUGAUCUGUAGCCUUACUUGUGGACGCUUUUAUUUCUUCCUGAGGAAAGUCACCAAACCCACGUUUCUUCCCAGAUUUCUACAGAGGCCAGGGUGGCUGGGAAACAUAGACUCGACAAAGAACAAAGACAAAAGAACCCCGCUCAAGUGUCACUAAACUUUAUACGGCUACUGAAAAAUGUGGAGCCACGUGCAAAAAGUUAAUUGCAUCAACUGAGAGUUAUA